ACACGAAAUAGAAGUUACCAACUUUAAUUUCAAUUAUAUUUGUGGCACAAAAGAAACGAAAGCUUACUGGACUGAAAAAUGAACACUUAUUCGUCAGCGAACGAAGAUUCAACAUAUCCGCAGCUCGAUCUGAGCGGAAAACUCAUAAUAAAAGCCCAGCUUGGAGAUGAUAUUCGACGAAUUCCUAUUCACAAUGAAGAUAUCACGUAUGACGAACUCAUCCUUAUGAUGCAGAGAGUAUUUCGAGGGAAAUUGGAGAGCAACGAUGAAGUGACGGUCAAGUACAAAGAUGAAGAUGGAGACCUGAUAACCAUCUUCGACAGCUCUGAUUUGUCAUUUGCAAUCCAGUGCAGUAGGAUAUUAAAACUAGCGGUUUUUGUUAAUCACCAGCCAGCACCGUUAGAACCGGACCAAGUAAAGCAUAUGCGGAAAGAACUGCAGCAGGUUCGAGACACAGUGAACCGGCUUCUUGACAGUCUAGAGUCACGUUCCUCUUCAGAGAGUGAUGGUGGUGUCUCUACAGCUCCGUCGUCGAAGCCACCCAACGCAGUUGCACCUAAAGAAUUUGAUCCCCUCGCCUCCAAGCAAGCCUCUGGCGAUGAUUCCACACCACAGAGCAAAGCCAAGCCACAUGGCAAUGAAGUAGAAAAUGGCAGAGUGGGCACUCCAGACAGCAUCUCUAGCUUAGACUCUGCAGCUGGGCAGCAAAAGUUGCACCAGCAGGUUCACCUACAGCAGCAACUACAUCAGCAACAGGUCUCACAUCCGCAGCAGGUCCCACAGCCCCAGCAGGUCCCACAGCCGCAGCAGGUCCAACAUCCGCAGCAGGUCCAACAGCCGCAACAGGUCCAACAGCCACAGCAGAUCCAACAGCCGCAGCAGCAGGGUCAUUAUCAGCACCCUGGGCAGCCCCAAGGAGUGGCUUAUCCUCCGCAGCAGCAUCCUCAGCCACCGUACCAGGGACAGGGUCUUCCACAGCAGCCUCAGGGUCAGGCUGGCUACACUGGUCUGCCUGCAGCUAACAGAGUGCCCCAGACAGGUCCAUAUGGACAGUAUCCACCUUCCUCAGUAGCACCAGGUACCCAGAGCCGCGGACAGUAUCCACCAGGCCAGGUUCCUCCCAGUGGCCAACAGCAGGCUAGCCAGGUGGCUGGUUACUCCGUGGCUCCCAGCGGGCAACCUUUCCCUGGUUUCAGCCCUUCUCCGAGUGCAACGGCGUUCUCCGCUAGUCCCACACCUACAUCUGCUGGCAACCCGUACGCUAGGGGUGGGGCCCUGGCCACUUCCUAUCCACGGCCCAAUCCGGUUUACCCACAAUAUCCCCAGUAGAUCUGUGUCACUCGUUGAGCCGUGCACAUAGAACUGCGAAAGCUCUUUUCGUCGGCGAAUUAAACGAUCUAGCUUCGACUCGCUGAGUGGUGACAGCCAAUGGUGCACUGCAUGUUUUUUUUUGUUUUUUUUCUUUCUUUCUUUUCUUUCUUUCUUUCUUUGCAUCAUACACUGCUUGGUAGGUUAAGCGAAAACUGUGAGGCUCACUCGUAAACGUACGAGAAUGCUUGUAUGAGGGAAGGGUGCACACUCGUAAAUGUUUUACGCGCUUUAUAAAACUUGUACAGUAUCCUCUUCUGCCGAGGAUACGAGGUACCUCAGCGCGCGACUAAAUUGUUAUAGGCGCGUUUACGAGAAUACGUAAGCUCGUAUUAGAACAACAAAACAAGUGUCUGGGGAAGCUGCGUGCUAGAGGCUUUGGGAGAUUAAAGCUUUGGAAUACAAAGAGAGCAUUAUUCUCUCGAUUUAAUCGUAUAUAGCCGACGGGGAAGAUUUUGAGCCAUUUCUUACCGCAGUGUCUACGACGGUUGCGAGAGUGAAUUUUUCUACAGGUUUCGGUCAACGGUGUUGUAAGGUAUAUGUAUCUUUAGUCGCAAAAGGGCUGCAAGGAGUGUGUCAAUAUUUGCCGCGAGAAAUAUGCGCGUACGCUGUGUUCGAUACUUUUGAUCAAAUGUAUCGCCUUUGUUGUAACUGUAAGAUUAAGGCACCCGUGCGCGUCAUAUUUACUGUAAGGUUUCCGAUCAUAACAGCUGUACUUUUUUCCGAGCAAACCACUGGCAAACUCUGCUGUGGAGGCAGUUGUACUUUAUUCUCUAUUUUAAUAAAGUAUGCACAAGAAUUCA